GCAGUGGAGGGCGGCCAGCGCGCCAUCUUCUUCAACCGCAUCGGUGGCGUCCAGCAGGACACGAUCCUCGCCGAGGGGCUGCACUUCAGGAUCCCCUGGUUCCAGUACCCAAUCAUCUACGACAUCCGCGCCCGCCCGCGCAAGAUCUCCUCGCCCACGGGUUCCAAAGACCUGCAGAUGGUGAACAUCUCGCUGCGCGUCCUCACGCGUCCCAACGCUGCGGAGCUGCCCAGCAUGUACCAGCGCCUGGGCCUUGACUACGAGGAGCGGGUGCUGCCCUCCAUCGUCAACGAGGUGCUCAAGAGCGUUGUGGCCAAGUUCAACGCCUCGCAGCUCAUCACACAGAGAGCCCAGGUGUCGCUGCUCAUCCGUCGAGAACUGACGGAGAGAGCCAAGGAUUUCAGCCUCAUCCUGGAUGACGUGGCUAUCACAGAGCUGAGCUUCAGCCGCGAAUACACAGCAGCCGUGGAAGCCAAGCAAGUGGCCCAACAGGAGGCUCAACGUGCCCAGUUCCUGGUGGAGAAAGCAAAGCAGGAGCAGAAGCAGAAGAUUGUUCAGGCUGAAGGGGAAGCUACGGCUGCCAAGAUGCUCGGUGAAGCCCUGAGCAGGAAUCCAGGCUACAUCAAGCUACGUAAAAUCCGCGCUGCUCAGAACAUUUCAAAAACGAUUGCCGCCUCACAAAACCGUGUGUAUCUUACAGCAGACAACCUGGUGCUGAACCUGCAGGAUGAGGCUUUCACCAGAGGAAGUGAUAGUCUCCUUCUCAAACAAGGGAAGAAAUGAAAGAACUGAAGUUUCCCAGGACCACUGGCACUGACCAACAGAAGAUGCCUGUGAGGAACUUGCAAUUCCCUCCACUAGCAUCAUUUGCCCUCAUUUUGGAAUUCUCAAUCUAGCAGCCAGCUUUGGUUCUCCUGCC